CAACGGCCCGGCGGCCUUAUGAGCAUGCGCAGCAGCGGCGCCGUCCUUGGCGAGGCGGCGGGGGGCGGGCGGUGCCGCCAUGGGGUCGCUGCCGUUCGCGUGCCGCGGGGAGGUGGUGAGGGGCUUCGGCAGGGGCUCCCGCCAGCUGGGCGUCCCCACCGCUAACUUUUCUGAUCAAGUAGUCGAAAGCUUUCCAUCUGAUAUCCCUGCUGGUGUAUACUAUGGAUGGGCUUCUGUUGGAAAUGGAGAUGUGCAUAAAAUGGUUUUGAGCAUAGGAUGGAAUCCUUUCUAUAAGAAUAUUAAGAAAACAGUGGAAACUCACAUUAUCCAUAAUUUCAAAGAAGACUUUUAUGGAGAAAUUCUUAGUGUAGUCAUUAUUGGAUACAUUCGAUCAGAAAAAAACUUUAACUCUUUAGAGGCUCUCAUUUCAGCAAUUAAGGAAGACAUUGAAGAGGCAAAAAGACAACUAGAUUUACCAGAACAUAUUAAGCUCAAAGACAAUUUCUUUCAUCUGCUAGAAGGGAAAAUAGUAAACCACUGAG